CUGCGCACGCCCGAUCACGUUUUGUUGUGUUUAUGCCGGCGUCUGUUUGCAAAUUUCCCUAACUGGUUGGAAAUUUUGCAAUUUUGAGCCAUGGACGCCGAUUUAUAUGAUGAAUUCGGUAAUUAUAUUGGACCGGAAUUAGAGUCCGACGACGAGGAAGAAGAAACCUACCGCGAUGCUGAGCCAGAGCAAGAGGAAUAUGACGAAGAGGCGAUGGACGAGGACGGCAACGUUGAUGACGAGCCGGCGCCGUUGGCCGUUGUCCUGCACGAGGACAAAAGAUACUAUCCAUUAGCCUCUGAGGUGUUUGGUCCUGACGUGGAGACCAUAGUCCAGGAAGAGGACACGCAGGCCCUGGACAAGCCGCUCAUCGAGCCGGUCAAGAAGCACAAGUUCCAGGUCAAGCAACAGGACCUUCCUGAUACCAUUUACAACAUGGAAUUCUUGGCCGAUUUGAUGGACACAGCGCCUCUCAUCAGAAAUGUAGCCAUCGUAGGCAAUUUGCAUCACGGAAAGACCAGCUUCGUAGACUGCCUGGUUGAGCAAACUCACUUGUACAUGCAGCAGCUGGAAGACAAAAGUAUGCGUUACACAGACACGCUGAUCACUGAGCAAGAAAGGGGUGUCAGCAUCAAGGCCAUGCCAGUCACUCUCGUCAUGCAGGAUGUGCGGAACAAGUCGUUUCUAAUGAACAUUUUCGACACUCCUGGUCAUGUGAAUUUUUCUGACGAAGCAACUGCUGCGAUGAGGAUGUGUGACGGUGUGGUUUUGUUUGUGGAUGCUGCUGAGGGGGUCACACUGCAGACGGAGAGGCUGUUGAAGCACUCGAUCCAGGAGAAAAUGGGCCUCACAGUUUGCAUCAACAAAAUCGACCGAUUGAUGAUUGAGCUGAAACUGCCUCCCCUUGAUGCCUACUUCAAACUGCGACACAUCUUGGAGGAAUUGAACGGUCUCCUUGGGUUGUACUCCGAGGAAGAAAAUCCUUUAAUUUUCUCCCCCCUCAACGGAAAUGUUUGCUUCGCCAGUGCUCAGUUUGGGAUUUGCUUCACUCUCAAGUCUUUUGCCAAAAUCUAUGCUGAGACUUAUGGAGGAGUGAAUCCAAACGAGUUUGCCAAGAGGCUCUGGGGAGACAUUUACUUCAACAGCAAAACUCGCAAGUUCUCCAAGAAAGCGCCUCACAACGCACCACAGAGGAGUUUCGUCGAGUUCAUCCUGGAGCCCCUUUACAAAAUUUUUGCCCAGGUUGUUGGUGACGUGGAUGUGUCUUUGCCGGACUUGAUGAGCGAACUUGGCAUUCACUUGACCAAAGAGGAAAUGAAGAUGAACAUCAGACCGCUUUUGCGUCUUGUCUGCAGCAAGUUCAUCGGUCACUUCAGUGGUUUUGUGGACAUGUGUGUGCAGCACAUCAAAUCUCCCCUCGACAACGCCAAGGGCAAAGUCGAGCACAUCUACACGGGGCCUCUGGAGUCCGAGAUAGCUGAAGACAUGUGCAAAUGUGACCCAGAGGGGCGGUUAAUGGUCCACAGUACGAAAAUGUAUCCGACAGAUGACUGCACAUUUUUCCAAGUGUUGGCCAGAGUGAUGAGUGGAACCCUUUACGCCAAUCAGGAUGUGAGGGUGCUUGGAGAGAAUUACACGGCAGCUGACGAGGAAGACUCUCGCGUUCUCACAGUCGGUCGGCUCUGGAUUUACGAAGCUAGGUAUAAGGUUCAGGUCAACAGAAUCCCGGCUGGAAACUGGGUGCUCAUUGAAGGCAUUGACCAGCCCAUUGUCAAAACUUCUACCAUCACAGAUCCUAGCAUCGACGACGAACUCUACAUUUUCCGGCCGCUGAAAUUCAACACCCAGUCUGUCAUUAAAAUUGCUGUUGAGCCAGUAAAUCCAUCAGAAUUACCAAAAAUGUUGGAUGGCCUUCGAAAGGUCAACAAAUCGUACCCCCUCUUGACCACAAGAGUUGAGGAAUCUGGAGAGCAUGUGGUAUUGGGCACAGGAGAACUUUACUUGGAUUGUGUCAUGCACGAUUUGAGGAAAAUGUACUCUGAAAUAGACAUCAAAGUUGCGGAUCCAGUUGUUGCGUUUUGCGAGACUGUUGUUGAGACAUCUUCACUCAAAUGCUUUGCCGAAACUCCCAACAAGAAGAACAAAAUCACAAUGAUUGCUGAACCUCUAGAAAAGGGACUCGCGGAGGACAUUGAAAAUGAAGUGGUGCAAAUUUCAUGGAAUAAGAAGAGAUUAGGAGAAUUCUUCCAGACAAAGUACGACUGGGAUUUGCUGGCUGCCAGAUCCAUCUGGGCGUUUGGCCCUGAGGUCACGGGCCCCAACAUUCUGGUCGACGACACUCUGCCCUCUGAAGUAGACAAAGGUCUGCUCAUUUCUGUCAAAGACUCGAUUGUUCAGGGCUUCCAGUGGGGCACCAGAGAAGGUCCUUUGUGCGAGGAACCUAUUAGAAACGUCAAGUUCAAAAUUCUAGACGCCGUCAUUGCUCAGGAACCCCUUCACAGAGGCGGAGGCCAAAUUAUUCCCACGGCGCGACGUGUUGCCUACUCUGCGUUUUUGAUGGCCACACCUCGUCUGAUGGAGCCGUACAACUUUGUGGAAGUCCACGCACCUGCAGAUUGUGUGUCUGCCGUGUACACAGUCCUGGCCAGAAGAAGAGGACACGUGACACAGGAUGCGCCAGUGCCUGGGUCACCUCUGUACAUGAUCAAGGCCUUCAUCCCAGCCAUCGAUUCAUUCGGCUUCGAGACAGAUCUCAGGACGCACACCCUUGGCCAGGCAUUUUCACUCUCAGUGUUCCACCACUGGCAGAUUGUCCCUGGUGACCCGCUGGACAAGAGUAUCGUAAUUCGACCUCUGGAACCGCAGCCGGCCACUCAUCUGGCCAGAGAGUUCAUGAUCAAAACUCGCAGGAGGAAGGGUCUGAGUGAAGACGUGUCCAUUAACAAAUUCUUCGACGACCCCAUGUUGCUGGAGUUGGCCAGACAAGAUGUGCUCCUCAAUUAUCCUCUGUAAUCUAAACCGUGUUUGUAAUUUCUGUGUCGUGGAGUGGCAUCAUUCCAUUAGAUAAAUAUAGUUUUUAAUUCAACUUAA